AUGCCGAGACAAGAGGUAUUUGAUCUCCACCCUAUUGGAUGGGAAAACGAUCCAGAAGAAGAGCGCUUCAAGGUUUCCACACUUGACUACCUUACCGGUCUGACGUACUGCAAUUUUGCCAUCUUCUUCCCGAUGGACGAAGCCGACAAGAUGCAAGCAGUCGAGGUUCUUAAGGAAGGCCUUGAAAAAACACUUGCCCAGGCUCGAAUCCUCUGUGGAACUAUUGAAAAGGACUGUCAUGGGGGUCACUCCUUUGUGAAGAAAAAGGAUAGCACAGUGCGCUUUAUUGUGCAAUGGCUUGACGAACCCAGAGCUGAAGAAUCCUAUCCUUCCUUCGAUAAUAUCGCAGAGCAGAAUUUCUGCAGUACUGCUCUAGGCAAUCUUAACGACUGGAUUAUUCCUCCUAUGACAUAUGGAGAUAAACCAGAGUCUCAUCCUGACCUUAGCCCUGUCGUUGCGGCCUACAAGGCAAACUUCGUUCGUGGGGGAUUGGUCUUCAUCAUGGCUCAUCAUCAUUAUGCGAACGAUGUGAUGGGAUGGGCCGGUCUCACGCAUCAACUGUCUGAGAAUUGCUAUGCGAUCGUCAACUCAACCUCUUUUCCUCCGUGGCAAGCUUCUUGGCUAGAUGUGUCACGCCUCACUAAGCCAGAAGUGCCCGAAGAAUUCAAAAUUGAUGGUCCUCCCAUGCCAGAGCGACACCCAGACCAUAUCACCGCUGAAAUGCUUCUCUUCCAUUUACCCAAAAGCAAAGCGGCAGAACUGAAAAAGCUCGCAUCGCCCCCAGACGGCUCUCGAAUCUCCACAUACGACGCAUUUUCUGCCCAUGUAUGGCGUACACUUACUCGUCUCCGCGCACCUGUUUUUAAGGCAGAUCUUUCUGCCCCGCUUUUCUGGUCUGAAGCGGUUGAUAUGCGACGACGUAUGCACAGCCCCAAGGUUCACCCCCGUGUUCAACAAAAUGUGAUGUCUGCUGCGCUUUCGGACAGAGUUCCUGUCACUGCACCUACAGCAGCAGAAGUGAUUUCCGAAUGGCCACUGUGGAAACUCGCAUUUUAUAUCCGACAGAUGACGAAUAGUAUCACCCAAGAAGCCCUAGAUGAGUCCCUUAGUGCCAUAUCAAAGAUACGCGACAAGACAGCACUUAAUAUUCGUAUCACCUCUUACCCACCCAUGUCUAUCCUGCAGACGGACCACCGUAGCGUCAAUAUCACGGGUACCAACUUCGGAUUUGCAAGGCCUGUGAUAUAUCGAGUUCUUCUUGACAGCAUCACACAAGGGGUGAACAUCAUAUACCCACCGCGUGCCUCAUCUUCUGGUACCGAUGAGGGUCCGGAGAUUUCGAUCUCGUACGAAAAAUCUCUGAAACAAGUACUAAUCAAUGAUCCUGAGUGGAAAGGCUUUUUUGAAUAUCGGGGAGUGGAUGCCAUCGAUGCAGAAGAUCAUUAA